UCUGCUCCUAACAAAAUGAAUGCUGUGCACUGAGAAUAGCAUAGCACCUUUAACACUGCAUCUUCUAAGGACUAUAUUCUUAGUAUCGCUGCUGUUCUUUUUUCUUUUUUUUUUUCCUUUUAUUUAUUUGUGGUUACAAAGGAGCCAUGAGCUUCAGUCAUGGAUACCGGGCAUCUUGGUGGACGUACAUUCUGCACCAGGUGCCUCAUACCAAUUUCCAGUUUGAAGUGGUGGACAGCAAUUUUGCUCCCCAGGAAUGGAACUAUCAGCAGGCUCUCCUUUUCUUAGCUGGCAUUGCGGGACUUUGCCUGGCCAUCAGCCUUGUCUUAAUCUGUGUGUAUUUAAUCAAAUUCUGCUGCUGCAGUCGUCAGGAAGAAGUAGACUCUAAGAGCAACCGUGUCUGCUGCAUCACCUGGAGCUGCGUUGCAGCUGUCAUCAUAUGCUGUGCUGGUAUUGGCAUUGGUUUCUAUGGAAAUAGUGAAACAAAUGAUGGUGUAUAUCAAGUGACCUACUCUCUCAUGAAUGCCAACCAUACGUUGACCUCCAUUGACUUGUUGAUUUCAGACACGGUGCAACUUCUCAAAUCUGUAGUCAAGAGCGACCUAACUCAGCUGGAAGAGAUUUUUUCUAAACGUACCGAUUUUUUGGUCAUUGUUCGAAACACCAGGAGGGAAGUGGAAUCCGUGACUCAGCACUUGGCAGAGCUUUCCUUCUGGAAGGGAGUUGAUGUGAAUCCACAUGCCGUGGCCGAACAGGUUAAUUUCAUUGAAGAUUACAGGUGGUUGGCUUACAUACUGCUGCUUCUCUUGGAUCUGAUUAUCUGUCUGUUCACCUUACUCGGCCUGGCCAAGCAGAUCAAGUGGCUUGUUAUUGUGAUAACAGUGAUAAGCUUCUUUGUACUCUUACUCAGCUGGGGAUCAAUGGGACUUGAGAUGGCCACAGCUGUGGGAUUGAGUGACUUUUGCUCUGAUCCAGAUGCAUUUGUGUUAAAUCAAACCCAAGUGGUGACAAAUAUCAGUCCAGAUAUUUUACAGUAUUACAUCUCCUGUAACCAAGAUGUUACAAAUCCCUUCCGCCAGAGAUUGACCAUGUCACAGAGAGCACUCUCCAACAUUCACCCUCAACUUUAUGGAUUGGAAAGAGAAGCAGUACCACAAUUUCCAGCAGCAGAGAGACACUUACUAGUGGUCCAAGCCAUGCUGAAUACAACAGAGGGGAACUUCCACCAUCUCGUAGCUCUCUUGAACUGUCGUGGGCUCCAUAAGGACUAUGUAGAUGCCCUCAAAGGACUAUGUUAUGAUGGCAUGGAAGGAAUCCUGUUUCUAUUACUAUUCUCUUUCCUUUCCGCUCUCUCUUUUACGGCUGCUGUAUGCAGUCUGCCCCGUGCAUGGAAACGGUUUCAGAACAGGGACCUGGAUUAUGAUGAUAUGGACGAGGACGACCCUUUUAACCCCCAGGCACGUAGAGAGAUGCUGCGCACGGCAGGCAGACCGCACCUGCCCAGUUUCUAUAGUUACAGCAGUAGCUGCGGCAGCCACAACAGCGUGCGGGUCUCGGCCCCGCCUAUAUCCAACGCCCCCGUCUCACAGUACAUGAAUCAAAGCGGUUUGUUCAGUGGCAAUCCUCGAUAUGAAAAUGUCCCCUUGAUUGAGAGGCAGUCCCCGCCCCCUUCUUAUUCCCCUAGCAUGCGAACAUCGUUCAUCAGUGCAACCCAAGAAGAGUCCGAUACUUAUUGCCGAACAGAAGUUGUAUCUUAGAAGAUUCCUUUUGCUCUCCUCAGUUUCCCUCCAAGCUAUAAAGAUGACUAACAGAGACAAACAAAAUAAAGACUGAGCUUGGUGCUCUUUAACCUCAUUUGGGAAGGAGACUUGGGUGCUAAACCCCUUCAGCUUUCCUGUGCUUGGUAUUAAAUUCUUACCCUCUUGUGUUGCCAGGGUAAUUUUCUCUGAACUGUUCCUCUGCCUUCAGUUUUAUAUAUUUUGUAUUGGUUCAUGUUCUUUUUACCCAUAAAGACUUGUUCAAUAUUUCUUUUAACAUACAUUGGACCUUGCAAUUGACUUCCAAAGGGGGCACCGUGGGGAGUCUGUACAGGAGGAUUUUUAGGAGGACACAGAAAGAACCUAAGUGGUGAAGAUGUUCAUUCCUGAAGAAAAAAAACUGCUGUUGUAAAGAGAAGGAAUGGAAAUCAUCAAAUAGAGAAGGCCUCCUAUACUCUUAUAUUUGGAUUACUGGAUAUAGAGAGACCAAUGAUUCUGACACUGACUGGCAUGUGUGCAUAAUAUGGAAGUGGGGAGGACAUAGAAUUAAUUGUAGAGUUAAGGAUCAAGGACAUUGCUGCUGCAAAACUCCUUCCUUCACAGAUGGAUCUGUUUUUAUUAGAACAUUUUAACACUAUCUCAUAUGUUACACUGAUUUGAA